GUGUUUGUCUGUGCGAACCAUGGGUGCACCUAUGGUAGCACCCAUAUGGUGCACCCUAGCAUGGUCCAUUUAUAUAUUUAAUGGUCACUUUUUUUGGAGGUACACAAAUUUAUUUUCAUUUUUUCUCCAUGUCAGCAAUAUCGGCUGUUCUUAUCCGACCAGUUUCAGAAUUUUCCUACACCGGAUUCCGAUGUUCGACCCAGAUUCCCGCCUUGAGAACCGUUUUCCUUCCCCGCCAAUCAGUUCGCUGGGCUGGAAGAGCCCUGAAGUCCACCACCAUGACCGGCCCAGUUGCGCCUCGAAUCGAAGCUGAUGACGAGGAUCAGGAGGUUCCGCUUGCGUCGCUCGAACAAGAACCUAUGGUCAAUGGGCCCAUAGUUGCAUCAGGUUUAGGACUUGGAGCCACUCUGAAUAACCUGAGUAAGUGGCUUUUUGCUGUGCUUUUUGGUAUAACUGUGCUCUGGAAACAUGAUGCUCAAGCACUUUGGGCUUCCAUAGGUUCUGUUCUCAAUUCUCUACUAUCACACAUCCUGAAGAGACUAUUGAACCAGAGACGGCCAGUUCCCACCUCAAGAUCGGAUCCUGGAAUGCCGUCAUCUCAUGCACAGUCAAUCUUCUACAUUGUCACAUAUACUAUUAUCACAGUGAUAGAGUCCUUUGGAAUGAAUGGACUCACAGCAGCACUUGGUGGGCUUGUCUAUGCACUUAGUUGUUAUUUUUCAUGGCUACGAAUUUCACAAAAGCUUCAUACAACUAACCAAGUGCUUGUGGGUGCUACAAUAGGGCUUGGCUUUUCCCAUUUCUGGUUCUGGUUAUGGAAUGCAAUUAUGUUCAAGGCAUUUGAAUCCUUGUUUUGGGUCCAUUUUAUUGUUGUUCUUGCUGCAGCUGUCUUAUGCACCGGCUUUCUCGUUUAUGUUCUCAAGUACUGGAUUCUUUAUUCGGAGGUAUAGGAGGAGGACCACGAUGCACAAAUGGGUGCUCGACAUCCAAAAUUGGGUAACAACUACAGGUGCGUCAAAUUUCUGUCCGACGUUGAAGGGCCUUAAAACGAGGGGUAAUAUAGAUAGGAACUUGCUUGGUUCAUGUCAAUAAGGUCCAUCGGAGAGUGCAGAAGUUGGUGG